CCCAAGCAUUUUUGCAUUCCCACCCGCCCCUCCCCUCAAAAUUCGCAGCGUGUCCUCCUCGCGCUCGUGCUCCCCUCCUCCCCGCGCGCAAACCCUAACCCUACCCUCGCCUCGCCCCGUCCCGCGGCGUCGUGCCAAUGGCUCGCCCCGUGUGAGAGAGAGAGAGAGGGAGGGAGACGGAGACCGCGGCGUGGGGAGGGGAGAGAGAGAGGGGAGAGAUGUAUAAGCAGGGGGGAGCGGGGUUGGACCGGAAGCGGAUCAGCGACGCGCUCGACAAGCACCUCGAGAAGGCGGUCGCGUCGCCGUCCACGUCGAGGGGGUCGGCGGGCGGCGGCGGCGGGCGGGACCACCACCGCCUCGUCGUGCCGUCCUCCGCGUCGUCCAUGCCCAAGGGCCGCUGCUCCGAAGGGGAGUCUGAUUCUGAUAGUGAAGCAUCAGAUGUUAGUGGCUCUGAUGGAGAAGACACCUCAUGGAUUUCAUGGUAUUGCAAUUUAAGAGGGAACGAAUUCUUCUGCGAGGUUGACGACGACUACAUACAAGACGACUUCAACCUUUGCGGCCUCAGCAGCCAAGUUCCUUAUUAUGAUUAUGCUCUCGAUCUCAUUUUAGACAUCGAGUCAUCUCAUGGUGAUAUGUUCACUGAGGAACAAAAUGAGCUGGUAGAAUCAGCUGCAGAGAUGUUGUAUGGGCUGAUUCAUGCACGAUACAUUCUGACCAGCAAAGGACUGGCUGCAAUGGGUUGCUUGUUUGGGCAGCUGGAGAAAUAUAAGAACUAUGACUUUGGGCGGUGCCCACGUGUUUACUGCUGUGGUCAGCCAUGCCUACCGGUUGGACAAUCAGAUAUCCAUCGGUCUAGUACUGUGAAGAUAUACUGCCCCAAGUGUGAAGACAUCUACUACCCACGGUCCAAGUACCAAGGCAACAUUGAUGGUGCAUACUUUGGGACGACAUUCCCCCAUCUGUUCCUGAUGACGUACGAGCACCUCAAGCCCCAGAAGCCCUCACAGCGCUAUGUUCCUCGCGUCUUCGGCUUCAAGCUCCACAAGCCAUGAAACCUUGUGUAUCAGGCUAUUAAAGCUCCACAAAGACGCAGCAUGACGCCGGGGGGAGGCGGGAGUUUUGCAAGGUCUAGAGACCCUUGAAGACAUAUAUAAGAGCACCAUUGGCAGAUCAGCGGAUCGGUAAAUACUAUCUUGCUGCCUCACUCUUGUACCUAGGCUGGCACGCCUAUCCAACAUUUGAAUGUAGCUCUAAGGACAUCCAAUGUUGUUGUAACCUAACUGCAGUUGUUCUUUGAUUAGUAAACCAAGACCUCCUAUGAUUAUGGGCGCUAUUUGGGGCCUCGCGCUGGAAAUCGUUAUCUAGUUCAAGCUACUAUUACCUGUUUGGUUCUCAUAAGAUAGUCUGAGUUGGUAUUU